AAAAACAAACCGACUUUUAUUUUGAAAUGUCGCGUGCCGUGUGCGUGUGCAGCCGGAAGUGCCUGUGUAUCUCUGCUGACGGGGGCUACACUUUUCUUCAUUCGUCUCGGAAACAGAAAUGCCGACAGACGUCGCGAUCAGCAGACAGACGAUCGAUUAUUACUCUGAUCACUGAUUAAGCGCCAGAGAUCCGUCAUGGCGAGCGAGCCGGUGAGUGUGCUGUUCAAGCUCUACUGUCUGACCGUCAUGACUCUGGUCGCCGCCGCAUACACCGUGGCUCUCAGAUACACCAGGACCGUGUCCUCCGACCUCUACUUCUCCACCACCGCAGUGUUCCUGACCGAGCUCAUCAAACUACUGCUGAGCCUGGGGAUGCUGCUCAGGGAGAGUGGAGACUGGGGCCGCUGCAGGAGUGUGGUGGUCAGUAAUAUCUUCAGGAGUCCGAUGGAGCUGCUGAAGCUGAGUGUGCCGUCGGUGGUCUAUGCGGUCCAGAACAACAUGGCCUUCGUGGCGUUGAGUAACCUGGAUGCUGCUCUCUACCAGGUGACGUAUCAGCUGAAGAUCCCCUGCACGGCUCUGUGUAUGGUGCUGAUGCUCAGCCGCUCUCUGAGCCGCCUGCAGUGGUUCUCCGUCUUCCUGCUGUGUGGAGGAGUCACGCUGGUGCAGUGGACGCCGCCGCAGGCCACCAAAGUCCAGGUGGAGCAGAACCCGUUCCUGGGCUUCAUGGCGAUCGCGGUGGCGGUGCUCUGCUCAGGGUUUGCAGGUGUGUACUUCGAGAAGGUCCUGAAGAGCUCGGACACGUCUCUGUGGGUGCGAAACAUCCAGAUGUACCUGUCGGGUAUCGUGGUGACCCUCAUAGGGGUCUUCAUGACAGACGGAGCCCAGGUCAUGGAGAAGGGCUUCUUCUACGGAUACACGCCGUGGGUCUGCUUGGUCAUCUUGCUGGCCAGCGCGGGAGGAUUGUACACGUCUGUGGUGGUCAAAUACACUGAUAACAUCAUGAAGGGCUUCUCCGCGGCCGCUGCCAUCGUCCUGUCCACCGUGGCGUCCGUCGUUCUCUUCGGCCUGCAGAUCACGGUCACUUUCCUCGGCGGAGCGCUGCUGGUGUGUGUGUCCAUCUAUCUGUACGGCCUGCCCAAACAAGACACCAGCAGACUGCAGAAGCCCAGCGCAGGAGAAGAGGACACACAGAAGCUGAUGGCAGGCUGAUGGACCGCUGGGGGCUCUGUGAUGGUGGGGGGGCGCACUGGAGCGCUUUGGUUUAUUUCUCUGUAUAAUUUAAUUUCUAGCUCUUGAUGCAGAUACACUGCUGCACGUGACGAACACUGAUGUGAUGCCAGACCCUACACUGAACGUGCCUGUGCUCUUCCCACUGGUUUUUUUGUUUAGAUUGCCAAUGUUAUUUGUAUAAGUGUUCUUAAAUAUUGACUCACGCGAACACAAGGAUCCUUGUGGGUUUGUGUAGCCGUACAUUACAGAGCAAAUGUUGAAUGGUGUGUUUGGAGAAGGCAUCGUCAUCCAGGACGGUCUCUGAGUGUUGAAUCAUGAGGACAGACCACAGCGGUCUGUUUACAUCUGCUUUACACUUCUUCCAUUCAACACUUGAUAUGAUGCGUUUAGAAAUGAAGAAAGAUGUCAUUGGAGCUGCUGCCCUAUUUUACAAAUCUUGAGCACUUUAUGUAGAAAAUAUGAUUGAUGUGGUCCAGCAGUGAUGUAAUCAGAUGAUGGGGCAGCAUGUUAGCGUAGCUUCGGCCUGGGUUCUUAUCGUAGCAGUGGCUUGAUGCUGUAGGCAGCACUACAACAUACCAGAUGUGGGCUUAUUCCUGUGCCUACUGUGUACGGUUCAUGUUUAGAAGAAAAUCGUUUCUUUAUACACAUUACAUUCCUAAAAAAAGACACCAGAAUAUUUACUCACAAUUGCUCUUCUGCGGCAAAAGAUGAUGGCAGUUGUGUAUUAAACCAUCAGACCAUAAGGAUCACGUUAAAAGGCAGAACUAAAGUGGGAAAUUGCAUUUAUUUUUUUUCAGGCUUCAGGGUGUCGAUGAGAAAAUCUGUCAGAUGCAGUAAAUGCAGCAUCUGUAUUAAAGCUACAUUUAUUCAAAUGAAUGAAUCUUUGGUUUACAAUAAAACUAUUUUAACAAAA